UGCUAGCAGCGUUAGCUUACCUUCUGCUUGGACUCACCCUGGAGACUUUUGACCAUCUGCGGGAGGAAUAUGUGAAUGUUUACCGUAACGAUGUCUUCAGUCCCGCUAAAACGAGACUUGAUCAGCGGGCAGUUAACUCCUGCUGCAGAAACAUUCACGGAGUUUAGAGAAAUGAUCGUGAAGGAGGAGGAAGAGACGGGCGAUGAGCGCAGACUGCUGGAUUUCUCCAGGUCUCCUCAGUUCACUUCACGCCGAAAAGACGAUCAACAGAAUUAUGUUUGGCAAGAGGUGGUUUCUUCUGACCAGAAGCUCUGGAAACAGGAGACUGAUUCCAGUUUGGACCAGGAGGAACCAGAACCUCUACAAAUAAAAGAAGAGCAGCAAGAUACAGAACAUCCAUGGACUAAAGAGGAAGUAUUGGAGAUCUGCAUAGGUGAGCAUGAAGACCAACUUGAGCUGAAGCAGGAGACUGAAGAUACACUUAUGGUGACUUCAAAUGAUGAAGAAAAGAAUCACAUUAAACCAGAACCAAUCAGGAGCCAAGUCAUCUCUCAGGACUUCAGUGAACCUGAGAAUCAGGAUCAAGAAGGAAAUCAUCAUAAAGGCUCGGGAUCAAAGCAAGAUAAAGCACAGAAACCAGAUAAGAGAUGUCUGAAAACCAUAAAGCGUGACAAAUGUGACAAUUCAAAACCCAGAGGGGACAUUUUCACUCAAAACAGUCACUUGACCCAGCCGUUGAAAAGGCACAUAUGUGAGAAGCGUUUUCCAUGUACAACAUGUGGAAAAUGUUUUAUUAAAAAAGGACAUUUAAUAGUUCACAUGAGAAUUCACACAGGGGAGAGGCCUUUCAAAUGUAUUUCAUGUGGAAAAAGCUUCACUAAAAAAUCAGUUCUUGAUGAACAUGUCAGAAUUCACUCAGGUGAGAAGCCUUUCUCUUGUGUGAUUUGUGGCAAAAGUUUUGGCCGAAAAUGUAAUUUGACUUAUCACAUGAUGCUUCACACAGAUGAAAGGCCUUAUUCCUGUAAUAGCUGUGAAAAAACAUUCAAAUCAAAAGUUUCAUUGAAUGAUCAUAUGAGAAUUCACACAAACGAGAAGCCAUUUUUGUGUGUGACCUGUGGGGAAGGGUUCAUUCGAAAAUGCCAAUUAAUAGUUCACAUUAGAACUCACACUGGCGAGAAGCCUUUUACCUGUCAGUCCUGUGGAAAAAGUUUCAUUACAAAAUCUGAUUUGAAUAAGCAUGUCAGAAUUCACACGGGUGAGAAGCCUUUUAAAUGUCUGUACUGUGGAAAAAGCUUUACUAGAAAAUCAGAUUUUAAUAAGCACAUCAUAAUUCACACGGGUGAAAAACCUUUUAAAUGUCUGUACUGUGGUAAAAGCUUCGUAAGAAAAUCAGAUUUUAAUAGGCACGUCAGAAUUCACACAGGUGCGAAGCUUUUCUCUUGUACGAUUUGUGAGAAAACUUUCAAUGAAAAGGCUCAUUUAACCAAUCACAUGAGAUGUCACACAGAUGAAAGGCCUUUUUCCUGUAAUAUUUGCAAAAAAACGUUCAGAGCAAGAAGUUCAUUAACUGAACACAUGACAGUUCACACAGGUGAGAAGCGCUUUUUGUGUGUUACCUGUGGGGAAGGGUUUAAUCGAAAAGGCCAGUUAGUGGUUCACAUUAGAAGACACACAGGUGAGAAGCCCUUUCUGUGUGGGAUCUGUGGAAAAGCUUUCCAUCAUAACCACACCUUAAGAGUUCACUUCAUGGCUCACACAUUAGAUACUCAUUUUCAAUGUACAACAUGUGGAAAAAGUUAUGAAGAAAAAGUACAUUUCACAAUUCACAUGAGAACCCACACAGAUGAGAAGUCUUCCUCUUGUACGAUUUGUGGCGAAGAAUUUGCUCAAAGAGGGGAUUUGUCUGAUCACAUGAGAAUUCACACAGAUGAAAGAUCUUUUCCCUGUGAUACUUGUGAAAAACCCUUCAGAUCUAAAGAUGCGUUGAAUAAACACCAGAGAGUUCACACAGGUGAAAAGCCAUUCUUUUGUGUGGUUUGUGGCAAAGGUUUUUCUCAAAAAGUGCAUUUGACUAAUCACAUGAGGACUCAUACAGAUGAAAGGCCCUUUCCCUGUAAUAUCUGUAAAAAAACUUUCAGAAGAAAAGAUCUAUUGAAUAGACACAUGCGGGUUCACACAGGGGAGAAACCAUUUUUGUGCAAGACAUGUGGAAAAGCAUUUUGCCACAGCAGUAGCUUAAAAACUCAUUUUGUAACUCACACAGAUGAGAAACCUUUUCAAUGUGUUGUGUGUGAAAAAAGUUAGCUUAGAAAAACAGAUUUGAUACUUCACAUGAGAACUCACUAGUGAGUCUAAAUUAGAACACUCAAGAGUUCUCAUUCUAGUCAGUUCUCAUGAAAGGAACAAUAGUUUUGUUUUUGUUACAUUAAAUUAGAAACAAAAAUAUUGAACAAGUUGUUAAAGUUUUGUGCAUUUCUUUAUGAUUCAUUCCUGAAAAUUUUGAUUUUAAUUAUUUUCUCUCAAGUGAACAUCUUCUUUUACAGAUGAUAUUCUUUAUAGUGUUGCACAGCUUUACCCAAAAGGUGAAGCCUGAUAAAGCCUUAUGUUUGUUGUAAAUACAGUAAGUAUGAACUUUGCUUUUGAACAGUUCUGUGAAAAAAUUAGAAUUGCAAAGAUCAUAUGCAAUAAAAAUGUAAGACAUGUAUUUGA